UAUAUACUGAGGUCAAAACGUUCGUUUUAUAUUGAGUGUAUUUAAUUUCGAUUAAAUUAAAAUGUCCUUAAAACGAAUGAGGCAGCCAAAAAUGACUACACAAGCUCUUUUAGAUUUUGAUUUGGGUGAAAGUUCAUCGGAUAGUGAUUUUCGUAUAGAAGAUCAUGACAGUGAGGAAGAUCGUGAUACAAAUGAUGAAGGCAAUUCCUCUGAAAAUAGUAGUGAAGAAAAUGAAAGUGAUUCCGAUGAUUUGUAUAAUGAGCAAUAUAGUGAUAACUCUCAUCAAAAUAUAAAACAAAAUGAAAUUGAUGACUUCUCCAAUACCGAAUUUAUGGGUUGUAAUGAAAUAUCCAAAGUUCUACAGAAUCUGGAGACAAAUAAAUACACUGAAUCUAAAUUGCCUGUUAAAUCAAUAUGUUGUGUUUGUUUAGGGGAUCGAAGUGAUGAUUCAAAUGAAAUUAUUGAGUGUGAUGGUUGUGGGGUGUCUGUACAUGAAGGCUGCUACGGUGUGAAUGACAAUGUGAGUAUAUCGAGCACUAACUCUACAUGUUCUACUGAACCAUGGUUCUGUGAAGCUUGUCGUGCCGGCGUUUCCGAACCGAUUUGUGAGUUAUGCCCCAACAAAGGUGGAAUAUAUAAAGAAACGGAUGUGGGGAAAUGGGUGCAUUUAAUUUGCGCCCUUUAUAUACCUGGCGUUGCUUUUGGAGAAGUAGAUCAGUUAUCUUCAGUUACUUUAUUCGAAAUGCCCUAUAGCAAGUGGGGGGCCAAGGUAUGUUCUCUAUGUGAAACUCCACGUUUUGCACGCACUGGAGUUUGUAUUGGAUGUGACGCUGGCAUGUGCAAAACAUAUUUUCAUGUAACGUGUGCCCAAACUGCUGGAUUUCUUACAGAAGCACAUCAUGAAGAAGCGGACGCUGCAGAUCCAUUUUUUGCACAUUGUAAAGUACAUUCUGAAAAGGAGAUGAUAAAACGUCGAAAGAGAAAUUAUCAUAAUCUUCGUCUAAACAUGCAACAAAAGCAAAAGGAUAAAAAACUUUUAAAAUUUGAUGACCCUUGUCCGGCACAGUUACGUAUUCAACGUAAACUUUUGAAAUACCAAUCUAAGUAUUCGCAAAGCAAAAAACUGAAACCCGAUCCAUGGGUACCAACUCAAAAGAUGUCACGUCUAUUGACUACUUCAGCUUCAGCUUGCAAAAGGUUAUUGGCGAAAGCAGACAUAAUGGCAGUUGAUGUGGAGCUUUUAGAGCGACAAGAAGCACAAAUCGCUGCAUUAACUGAUAUACGUAAGAAAUGGCAUAUAGCUCCAGCAUUUAGUGUAGAAUUUAUUGGCUACUAUCUGGAUAGAAUUUCGCGUACGCAUGAGCUUAAAUUACAGCUAUCAGACAUGAUAGAAAAUAAUCUGGGUCUAUCGAAAGAACAAGAUUUGCUUCGCACCACAUAUGACUCACGGCUAGAUAUGAAUAAAGAUUUAAAAUCAAGACAAGACUCGUUAAUUUCUACAAUAUCUCAACUUCAUAACGAAAUAAACUUUAUGUGUCCUAACAAAAUAUUUCCCAACCCAUCUAAUAUCGGACAUGCGCAAUACGAAUCUAAUAAAUCAGCAUCAACGCCUCCCAGCAGACCGAUUUCAGUUCCCACAGCAGCUGCUCUUAAAAUGGGAGUAGGAUUCCCUUUGGCUCAUCUUGGUCCCCCUGGAACAAAAGUAGACUCGACACGCCUGCUAAGCACACAUGCUAAAUCUUCUCCAAUUGCUAGUGGGGGUGCGUCUUCAGCACCAAGUACACCUACGCUGAACGUGCAGACAUUUGAAUGUGGUAUAUGCAAACGCACUACUGACCAGCACCUUUUAGCGAAAUGUGACACUUGCAAAUUACACUACCAUUUAAGCUGUUUGAAUCCGCCAUUGACACGCCAUCCAAAGAAGUCUAAACUCUACGGUUGGCAAUGUUCUGAAUGCGAUAAAUCCGAAGAUUCUGAAGGUGUUACUGAUAUACCAAAAGGACCCCGUAAAUCGCGAACACGUUUUAACAAAGAUGGUUCAAUUAUUGCUCUAGCCGAGGCGGAAAGUGAUACUGGCCAACCACCUAAAAGACGGUCGGUAGAUAUACAAUUGACAAAGAACCCUACAACUAAAAAUAAGCAAAUCAAUUCAUUUUCAAAUACAAUUAAAAAUGAUGCCAAUGACAAAACUACGCCCAAGACGGAAGUAUCAUCAACGUUCAUUUUGGGGAAGAAAAGUAAAUGCUACGUUCCUCUACAAAAUAUUAAGAAAAAAAUCCAAUCACAAGCACAACAAGCUCACUCUCCAGCAUUAACCCCAAACAUAACUCAAUUAGUCCAUACAUCACUCUCUGAUGAACCUUUGCUACUGGUAUUACCAUCUGUCACAAUACCUCGAGAUAUGGAUUCUAUCCAAACUCCUGAUCCUGACCCUUUGGCGUUACCGCUGAACACUAACAUCAUCGUCUCAUCUAUGGAAGAUUCUUCAGAUCCUAAUAAAUCAGGAAGGAAACAAAAGCGAAAAGAUAAGCAUAGGAGCAAGCACAAUAUUUCAUCAGAUACCGAAAGAUCACCAAACAAAGAGCAUAAACGUAAGCGCAAGAAAAAAAUACACGAUCAUGAUACAGAGAACCCACAAGAAAGCAUUCCUAAAAUAAAAAUCAAAUUUAAAACUUUGCCAUUGCCUGGCGAAGUUACGCCGGAGGCUCAGUUUUUCUAUGUAUCCGCGGAUAUGGUGCGUUCAGCUGAAGAAGCAUCUCGACCAACAUCUGUAGAAACUGUGGAGGAUCUAACACCAGUUUUGGUAGAGGAAAGUUCUGCUGGGAGAAGCAAAUCUGAAAUAAUGGUUGAUCAGCCGGACUUAACUGUUAUGAAAGUACCCCUUAUUACUCGUAAAACUAGCCCAAGGAAAACAGCUGGUAAAAGGAAUUCACAGUUAUCUAAUUCUAAAUCAGCAACAAUUAUACAAUCACCUUCAAGUAUUGUCUGUUGUAUUUGUAAGGAUGUGGGUUCUAGCGGGAAUGCUGUAACAUGCGAUGAGUGUCAUAAACAUUAUCACUUUACGUGUUUAGAUCCACCAUUAAAAAAGACCCCAAAAAUUCGUGGAUAUUCUUGGCACUGUGCUGACUGCGAUCCCACAGAUGAGGAAAAAAAAUAAUCAUUCAUCACGAUUUGUUUUUUUAUAUUAAACAAAAACUAUUUUUGCAAUAUUGUAAUAUCCAAAAAUGAACUUCAGACCACCAAACACAUUCAAACAAAUUAUUAUAUGGGUUGUUCUUACUGAAUUAUCUCAAAAGUACAUUUCACUGGUUCCAAACUUGAAUUCCAUCACUGGUUUUCUAGCAAUCUUUACUGUAUGAAACAGAACGCCAACUAUUUUCGGAAUCUCUAAUGAUCAACACAAUUAUUUAUAAAUGUAUGAGUAUUGUAUAGAAAUUAAUGAAAUAAAAAAAUAUGUAUUGUA